CCUGCUUCAGUUCCUUUGUCUCUUGAGGGAGUAGCAGCUCUUAUCUCUAGCUCCACAGUACCUCGUAUUCUCCAGGGCUCCAGACAGGGCGGCGCUCCCCUACCCCGACAAUAUGGAGAAGGGUCAGCAGUAUAGAAAUCAGUAUGGAUCCCCCCAGGACAUCCCAGCUCCCUCCUUCCCCGGCCCCCCAGCAGCCUACGGCUUCCAGGGAGGGGACAGGGGUGCAGCCUACCCCGCUCAGCCUGGCUUCCAGGGAGGUGACAGGGGAGCAGCCUACCCCCCUCAGCCUGGCUUCCAGGGAGGGGACAGGGGUGCAGCCUACCCCGCUCAGCCUGGCUUCCAGAGAGGUCCCCAACCCAGCAUGUACCCACCACCUCCCCAGUACAGCAUGGGCAUGGCACAACCUACAAACGCCCCCGGCGUAACCCAGAUGGUGGUGAUGCAGCAGCAGCUGCCUAGAGACGUGCCCAGCCAGAUGACGUGUCCCCAGUGUCAGGUCCAGGUUCUGACAGAGACCACAUACGUCGCCGGGUGUCUCGCCUGGCUCAUCUGUGGAGCCCUCUUCCUAUUCUUGUGCAUGAUAUGCUCUUGCAUUCCGUUCUGUGUUGACUCCUGUAAGGACGUAGAGCACCGCUGCCCCAACUGCAAGACAGUGAUCCACGUCUACAGACGCAUGUGAACAGACCUGGACCAGACACCUGCAACAAACUGAUCACACAUCCACAACUAGCCCAACCUCGGCCCACAGACACUUCUGCCACAAAGUGAUCCUUACCUAUAGGAAUCUAUUCCAGUAGAUCCUCUUAGGGAAACUGCUAAACCAGUUGAAUGCACCAGGAUUUGAAAGACAGUGGGCUUCUGUCUGUCGCUGAAAUGACUACUGCAGCACCAGCUUUUCAUCUACGUCUACUGUGAAUGUGAAUGUGGUACAGGGUGUUAUUAUAGUCAACAUUGACUAUAUCAUAAAAAUUCAAUUUUUGGUCUUAAUUUAAGGUUAGGGUUAGGCAUUAUGGUUAACAGUGUUGUUAAGGUUAGGGUUAGGCAUUAUGGUUAGCAGUGUGGUUAAGGUUAGGGUUAAAAAUCUGAUUUGAUGACUUUGUAGCUGUGCCAGCUAGUGACCACUCUGCAGAACUGCCUCCAGGGCAAGAUUCAUGACAAUAAAUGCCAGCCUGCCCCUAAUUAGGGGAAGAGGUUAAAUAAUAGACAGCCAUACAAAUGUACAGUACAAAGACCACGUCUAGUAGGUUUUUAUACUGAUUGUAAUGAAGUUUUUCAAUUAAAUGGAUUUAAA